CCGCGCGUCGCCCGGCCGCACUGGGAACUCCCGGCGCGGCGCGGAGGAGGCCGGAGCGACCCCCAGGACGGCCGGGCCCUGCCGGCAGGAGGCGCCGCGCGGGGUGACAGGUGCCGGCGGCGGCGCUGGGGCGACGCUCGGGCCUCCCUUCAGUUGGCGAAGGACGAAGAAGAGGAGGAAGGGGCCGGGUCGCCGCCCCUCGCGCUCCGGAUGGAUGUGCCCGGCCCGGUGUCCCGGCGGGCGGCGGCGGCGGCGGCCACCAUGCUCCUGCGCACGGCGCGGGUCCCGCGCGAGGGCUGGCUGCUGCCCACCGCGCUGCUCUGCGCCUACGGCUUCUUCGCCAGCCUCCGGCCGUCCGAGCCCUUCCUCACGCCCUACCUGCUGGGGCCCGACAAGAACCUGACGGAGCGGGAGGUCUUCAAUGAGAUUUAUCCAGUAUGGACUUACUCUUACCUGGUGCUGCUGUUUCCUGUGUUCCUGGCCACAGACUACCUCCGUUACAAACCCGUUAUCCUGCUGCAAGGGCUCAGCCUUAUCGUCACGUGGUUCAUGCUGCUCUACGCCCAGGGACUGCUGGCCAUUCAGUUCUUGGAAUUCUUCUACGGCAUCGCCACAGCCACUGAGAUCGCCUAUUACUCUUACAUCUACAGUGUGGUGGACCUGAGCAGGUACCAGAAAGUCACAAGUUACAGUCGAACUGCCACCUUGGUGGGCUUCACAGUGGGCUCAGUCCUAGGGCAGAUCCUCGUCUCAGUGGCAGGCUGGUCCCUGUUCAGCCUGAAUGUCAUCUCUCUGACCUGUGUUUCUGUGGCUUUUGCCGUGGCCUGGUUUCUGCCUAUGCCACAGAAGAGCCUUUUUUUCCACCACGUUCAUUCUACCUGCAAGGGAGUGAAUGGCAUCAAGAUACAAAAUGGCGGUAUUGUGACUGACACCUCAGCUUCUAACCACCUUCCCGGGUGGGAGGAUGUUGAGUCAAAAAUCCCUCUAAAUGUGGAGGAGCCUCCCAUGGAGGAACCGGAGCCGGAGCCGGACCGGCUCCUUGUGCUGAAGGUGCUGUGGAAUGACUUCCUGAUGUGCUACUCCUCCCGGCCUCUGCUCUGCUGGUCCGUGUGGUGGGCCCUCUCCACCUGCGGCUAUUUUCAAGUGAUCAACUACACCCAGGGCUUGUGGGAGCAGGUGAUGCCUUCUCGCCAUGCUGCUAUCUAUAACGGAGGCGUGGAGGCCGUUUCCACCUUGCUGGGUGCUGUUGCUGUUUUUGCAGUUGGUUACAUAAAAAUUUCCUGGUCCACUUGGGGAGAAAUGACACUGUCUCUGUGUUCUCUCCUGAUUGCGGCCGCAGUGUACAUCAUGGACACCGUGGGUAACAUUUGGGUGUGCUACGCGUCCUAUGUUGUCUUCAGAAUCAUCUACAUGUUACUCAUCACUAUAGCAACUUUUCAGAUUGCAGCAAACCUCAGCAUGGAGCGUUAUGCCCUAGUGUUUGGUGUCAACACCUUCAUUGCUCUGGCCCUGCAGACGCUGCUCACGCUCAUUGUAGUCGAUGCCAGUGGCCUUGGCUUAGAAAUUACCACUCAGUUCCUGAUCUACGCAGGUUAUUUUGCACUCAUCGCUGUGGUUUUCCUGGCUAAUGGUAUAGUCACUAUUAUGAAGAAAUAUACAAAGCAGGAAGAUCCAGAGUCAAGUUCUCAAGUAACCACUUCAUAAUUCACUACUGACAAGCUAUUUAUAGCAAGAACUCCGCACAGCCACAGUCCCUGGAUGUAUUUAAUUUUUUAAGGUGUAGAACAUAUAUUUAUGAAUGUGCAUUUCAUGGCUUCAAAGCAGCCAAUUGACUAUACCUGUGUUCCCAGCGUAACAUAAUCGUGUUCAGAGGAACAGAAGGAAAUUUUGUUUAUUUAAGGAUGACUUUUUUCUGAUUCAGAAGUGAACUGGAUUUUGAACACCAAGUCAAGGCGAGCAGUCAAGCAGCACAUGGUGUUGUAUACUUGAUGGCAAGUGAGCUUGGUGUCUCAUAGGUCAAGCACUUCUACAUCUGAUUAGACAGAAGCUUGAGACCAGGGUCUCACAGGGGCCACAGAUGUUACAGGUCAAGAUAGGAAUAUGUUGUAACAGCACCUGUCUCUGUACAACUUAAUUCUUAUUUUGUGUUACUCAUGUGCACUUGCUUUCUACAGAUGGAAGUUGUUCCUAUCACAGGCAGUAUUUGCCCUGGUUUGGUGUCCUGCCCUUUAAGGAGUAUGUGUUAUUUCUAAUAAGUUAUGUUUAAGAAUUCAUUGUAUGAAUGUUCUCAGUUCCCAUCUUGCCAGUUAUGUAUUUGUGUAGAUUUUUGUUUGAAAUACAUGUUUGCAU